AUAUGAAAACUGUAGUAGACUGCCAAUCCGACGUGCUGAUUUCAUCCUGGGACACUGCGGCGGGGGCACUGUCCUACACAGUGGAAGCCGCGGGCAACACAGGAAAGCGGUACAACUGUAGCUCCUUCUCCAACAGCUGUGCCAUGCCAGGCAUAAGGUGCGGCGAGAGUUUAAGCGUUUGGAUUAUAGCAUCAGAUGAUGAAUGCGCAAGUGCUAAAGCUCUCGGUGAAGUGGUGGAAACAGUACCAUGCACCCCUACGAACGUCACAGCUAACGCUGGCUGCCGCACGGACUCCCUGUCAGUGUCAUGGAGCUACAGCAGCGGAGCUCUUAUGUACUUUGCCACUGUUGAAGGAUCAGAUGGCACCCAGCAUGCAUGCGUUGCCCGUGACACACACUGCCAAAUCACAGCUCUGGAGUGCGGGCAGUCAUACACUGUCUAUGUUACAGCAACCAAUCUCAAAUGCAACAGCUCACAGAGUUCCAGAGUGACAGUUCAGACAGCUCCUUGUGCACCAGCAGUAACCGAGAUUUUCCUGGAAUGUUCAGCUAGUCUGGUUUUAGUGAUGUGGAAUCAGAGUCCAGGAGCCGAGUCCUACACUGCUACACUGCAAUCCAACGAUGGGAGCAACCUGACCUGCAAUACCACGUUUACCAGCUGUAUCAUUCCUGAUCUGAAAUGUGGGGUGCACUACAUGGUCACUGUAAAAUCCCAUGAUGGAACAUGUACAAGUCCUGAAUCAAAAAGCAUUCAAAUGACGUCUGUGCCGUGUAUCCCUGAGAAUAUCAAGACCCACACUGAUUGCGAAACUGGAAUUGUCAAAGUAUUGUGGGAUCCCAGUGCAGGAGCUGAAAUGCACAGUGCCAUAGUGGAAGCUGACGAUGGGAUCUGGAAGUACUGCAACUCUACAGACACAAGCUGUGACAUUGGAGGGCUACAGUGUGGUCAGUCCUACACUGUUUUAGUGAUGUCAUCGAAUGGCACGUGCCAUAGUCAGCCGAGUCAACGUGAGAUAGUUCAGGAAGUGCCAUGCAUCCCUCAGCACGUAGCAGCUCAGUUCAGUUGUAAUGACAGUUCAGCUGCAGUGACUUGGGGACGGUGUAAAGGGGCAAAGUACUACACAACCACUGUGCUGGGAGAGAAUGGACAGAGCACCCAGUGUAACUCCACAGAGACAAUGUGCAACACCCCUGACCUGCAGUGCGGCCAUAAGUACACAGUGACAGUUACAGCAUCAGGCGACACCUGCACCAGCAAGCAGAGCUCAGUCUAUAAUAUUCAGACAGCUCCAUGUCCUCCACUAAAUGUUGAAGGCAGGAUUGACUGCUUGACCAACAUCGCCUCCAUUUCCUGGGACCCCAGCAGAUACGCUAAAGCUUACACAGCAACAGCUGUUGGAAAUGAUGGCCACAGAGCAUCAUGCAACGUCACGGAUACCAACUGCAACAUGAUGGACCUGCAGUGUGGGCAGAGAUACACAUUCACUGUGAUAACGUGGGAUGGCAACUGUAUCAGUGAACAGAGCCAGGCUUAUGAACAAGAAACUGCACCCUGCGUCCCUCAGCAUGUGGAGUCACACCUGGACUGUAACACCAACAUUGCUGUGGUGUAUUGGGAUCAAAGCACAGGGUCAGAUUCCUACAUUAGUACAGUGUGGGAAACUAAUGAGGCAGCACAAACCUGUAACACCACGGACACCAACUGUAAUGUCAUGAACCUGCAGUGCGGACGCCAGUACACCAUCACUGUCAGAGGAGUGAGUGAAACCUGCAGCAGCCCUGACAGCAUUGCCAGCAUUCUUGAGACAGCGCCCUGUGCACCCUCGAACGUCAAUGGAGAUUUGGACUGUGAAACCAACACUGUGCACGUCUCAUGGAAGCGAUCAUCUAGAGCCACGUCGUACACGGCAACAGUAACGGGUCGGAAUCAUUUCACAGAGUCCUGCUCCACUGGGAAUUUAACCUGCAGUGUCGGCAGUCUGCAGUGUGCAGAACAAUACACCAUAACUGUGUUAGCAGAGAAUGGAGACUGCAGCAGCCCUCAAAGCUCUUCUGCUUCCAUAAUGACAGCCCCUUGUGACCCACAGAACAUUGUUGCUCGUCUGGACUGUAUUACAAGUAUUGCUAUAGUGUACUGGGAUCCCAGCCCAGGUGCGGAGAGCUAUACUGUGAUGGCAGAUGGAAGCAAUGACCACGUCGUCUCGUGCAACACACCUGACACCACCUGCCAGCUCAACGAGCUAGGCUGUGGACAGCUGUACAAUGUGACAGUGCUGGCACAGGAUUCCAAGUGUAGCAGCACCCCGAUUAACAGUGCCUCUAUUCAAACAGCACCAUGUGCCCCCACUAUAACUAAGGGAAGAGUUGACUGUGAAAGUAAUACUGCUUCAGUGUUGUGGGUGCAGAGAAACACAGCUGUGUCCUACACUUUGACUGCCAGAGGAGCGAAUGGGCACCAGCUAUCAUGCAGCGGUACCAAUACUACCUGCAACCUCAACGGUAUGCAAUGUGGACAGACUUACACUGCGUAUGCCACAGCCCAGGGGGGCCAGUGUGAAAGUGCAAUGAGUACAGGUUACAACAUUGAUGCAGUGCCCUGUGCACCUACACAUGUGGAGGCACACCUGGACUGUGGCGCUCACACUGCCUCUGUCUCGUGGGCUCACAGUAAGGGAGCAGUGUCCUACACAGCCACUGCAAAAGCAAGCAGUGGACGCCCUUUCUCCUGCAAUUCAACAGGCACCACCUGUAACAUCACAUCUUUACUCUGUGGACAGAAAUACACAGUCACUGUCACGGGACUGGACAAUAAUUGUAACAGUGUCAGAAGCAACGCCACUGAAAUAGAAACAGCCCCCUGCCCCCCUCAGAAUGUAAAUGCCAACCUGGACUGUGCCAGCAACAAUGCUUCCGUGUCCUGGCGUGCUAGCCAAGGUGCAAUGUCCUACAGGGUGACCGCAGUGAGGGAGGACGGAAAAACUGAAGCAGCCUGCAGCACCCAGAGCAACAACUGUGAUGUCUCGAACCUGCAGUGUGGACUGAAGUAUGACAUCACAGUGACUCCGCUGGGGCAGAAGUGCACCGGGUUCCAGAGUGCUGCUUUCCAACUCGCAUCAAGGCCAUGUCCUCCAGCUAACGUUUCAACCACACUGGACUGUAGAACUAACAUUGGAUCGGUAUCCUGGAAGCAUGAAUUGGGAGCAGAACUCUUUAUUGCAACAGCAACUGAGAAGGAUGGGCACACGCACACUUGCAACACAAGUCACUCAACAUGUCACUUUACAGACUUGCACUGUGGGAAUACAUACACUGUAACUGUGGUAGCAGUGUUGGGAGACUGCAAUAGUUCAGGCAGCAUUGGUCAUGAAAUUAAAACAGCCCCAUGCACCCCGAAGAAUGUGGUUGGGUACCUGUUCUGUGAUGCAAACAUCAUCUCAGUAACCUGGGAUCAAAGCAAAGGUGCAAAAUCCUACAUUUUGACAGAAGGACAGGACGGUCACACCUCCAACUACACCACAUUCGACACCUCCUAUCACAUCACACGCUUGCCGUGUGGACGGGAUUACACUUUCAGGAUCACUGCACUGGACGAGGUCUGCAGCAGUCACAUGAGUGCCACCCUGUCACAGGAAACAGUACCUUGCCCUCCUCAAAAAAUAGAAGCACAGGUGGACUGUGGGAGUAAUUUGGGAACUGUUACUUGGGAACAGGGUGAGGAAGCACUGUCCUACACAGCAAUUGCCAAAGGACACCACGGACAUAGUACUUCAUGCAGCACAAAUCAGACAAGCUGUGGUGUGAAAUUAGACUGUGGUCUGAUGUACACAAUAACUGUCGUGUCAGCAGGAAAAACCUGCAACAGCUCUAUAGAUUCUUCACUUCAGAUUGAAUCAGCACCCUGUCUUCCACAAAAUGUUGAUGCCAAGCUAGACUGUGAUGCAAACAUUUUAUCAGUGAACUGGAACAAAAGUGUGGGAGCUGAAUCUUACACUGCGAUGGCGAUAGGAAGCAAUGGCUUCACCCCGUCAUGUAACACCACCAAUACAGCUUGUACCAUUACUAACCUGGAGUGCGGACAGAUUUACAGCAUCGCUGUGACCAGUUCAACUGUCAACUGCAGCAUUUUCAAAGGGUCCGAUUAUAAAAUCCAAUCAGCCCCUUGCACCCCGGAGAAUCCAAUUGUUAACCUCAACUGCGCUACCAACAUAGCCUCUGUAUCAUGGGACCAGAGCACAGCAGCUCAGUUAUACAGUGUGAAAGCUUUAGCAGGAAAUGGAGAGACAGCAUCUUGCAACACCAGUGACACAACCUGUCACUUUACUGGCCUCAACUGCGGUCAGAAGUACACUGUAAACGUGCUUGGGAUGACUGGUACAUGUAAGAGUUUGACCAGCUCAGAUUUGGACCUUUAUACAGCACCAUGUGCCCCAAGAAACGUUGAAGCUCGAAUUGACUGUGGCUCCAGCAUUGCAGUGGUAUCAUGGGACCAGGCUGAAGGUGCAACCUCAUACACUGCCACUGCAGAGGGAUAUCAGGGGCACCAGGUAUCAUGCACUACCAGAGAUACCACCUGUUCCAUGAUGGAAAUGCAGUGUGGUCAGAAGUACUCGAUUAUAGUAGUGGCAUCCGAUGACAACUGCAAUAGUCAGGAAAGCAUACCUAUUAGAGUAAACACAGGUCCAUGUAACCCAACGAAUCUGAGAGCCUCUUUAGACUGUGAUACAAACACUGUAUCAGUCUCCUGGAACGGGGCUAAUGGUACACAAGCCUACAUCGCAACAGCAGAAUCGUUUGCCAUCGGUCACGUAGCAUCAUGUAACACAACGGACACAACCUGUGACAUCAGUGCGUUAGUCUGUGGGCUGAUAUACACUGUAAAAGUGCUUGGGCUGGGGAGCAGAUGUAACAGUUCACAGGGCUCGUGGAUAAGGAUUAACACAGCCCCGUGCAAGCCACCGCAGGUGGAGGUACACUCCGAGUGUGCUUCUGACAAGGCAGCAGUCUCCUGGGAGAGGUCCGAUGGGGCAGACUUGUACAUGGCCGUUGCAGAGUGGGAGAAUAGAGAAAUGCUUUCCUGCCACACCAGUGCAACAGCCUGUGAGAUCUCUAGCCUGCAGUGUGGCCGGGAGUACAAUGUGUCAGUCACUGCACUGCAUGGAGACUGCAUCGGAGGCCAGAGCACUGUCUACACCAUCCAAACAGCGCCCUGUGUUCCCUAUUACAUAGAAGCUCACCUGGAGUGUGAAAAUGACACUGCCUCUAUAUCCUGGGAGAGCAGUGAAGGAGCCACCUCAUACACAGCAAUAGCACAAAGUAGCGACGGGCAUAUACAUCCAUGUAACACCUCUGAUACAAGCUGCACGUUGCCUAGUUUGAAGUGUGGACACACAUACAAUAUAACAGUUACAGCGUUUGACGGCACCUGCAACAGCUCCCCAAGCAUUUCACUGGAAAUGAAGACAGCUCCAUGUCCGCCAGCAGAGGUGAUCACUCGUCUCGACUGUGUGACGAAUAUCGCCUCCAUCUCAUGGAACCGCAGCAACCAUGCUGAGGCUUACCUAGCCAAAGCAGAGGAGAAUGGUGGACAUCUAUCUUUCUGUAACUCAUCUGAAACCUCAUGUAACAUCACUGAUCUCCAAUGUGGAAAAGAGUAUACUGUUACUGUUAAAGCUGCAAAUAAUGAUUGCAGUGGUGCUGAAAGUUCUGAGUACAAAAUGCAGACAGCCCCGUGCGUUCCUCCACUUGCUGAGGUCCAGGUGGACUGCCUAGGAGACAUUGCUUGGGUCACAUGGGGCCAGGCUGAUGGAGCAGAGAGGUAUAUCGCCACAGCAGAGGACACAUUUGGAGAUAAAUUCCAAUGCCAGUCAAACGACACCAGUUGUGAAAUCAGUGGUCUGAAAUGUGGACAGCAAUACACAUUCACAGUGAAGGCUCUAGAUGAGAGAUGUUACAGUGGACACAGUGCCACUUUAAAGUUUGAAACAGCACCGUGCACUCCACAGGAUGUGAACUCUGUGUUGCACUGUAGCAACAACAUUGUGGUGGUGUCUUGGGGUCACAGUGAUGGAGCAGUGAAUUAUACAGCAACAGUGGAAGGAGCAGAUGGGAACACCACGUGCUGUACCACCAGUGAAACUACUUGUGAGAUCUCUGACUUGCAGUGUGGCGAGAUAUACGUCGUGACUGUUAUAUCUGAGGGCCUCAGUUGUAACAGUACUCAGAGUGCAGAGUCUGUCUUUAAAACAGUCCCUUGUACUCCACAAAACAUAGAUGCCAGCCUGGACUGUGGAAGCAACAUUGCUAUAGUGAGGUGGGACUCCAGUAAUGGGGCUCAGAGCUAUGCAGUGCAAGCUACGGGAGAGGAUGGGCACACGACAGCCUGCUGGUCAUCUGACACAAGCUGCAACCUUCUUGAUCUACACUGUGGACAGACCUACUCCUUCAGUGUCACAGCGCAGGAUAUUAUGUGCACAAGUAAAACAAGUCCAGUGUCUGAGAUCAUAACAGUUCCAUGCACCCCAGAGAGCAUAGAAACUGAACUGGACUGUGGAACGAAUGUUGUAUCAGUUUCAUGGAAUCAGAGCGCUGGGGCAAAAUCCUACAUGGUGACUGCAGAAGGAAGUCAUGGCCACAAAGUGCUCUGCAACACAACAGACACACAGUGUGACUUGACAGGCCUCAACUGCGGCCAGAAUUACCACAUGACAUUAGCAGCAUCUGACUAUGUGUGCACCAGCCCCCAAAGCUCUGUUAUUGAAACCAAAACAGUGCCUUGUAUGCCCGAGGACAUUGAGGCCUUUAUAGACUGCUUCUCUGGCACUGCCACGGUAUCCUGGUACUUCAGCACAGGGGCAGACUCUUACAUAGCUACAGCGCACGCGAGCAACGGGCACAUGGCCUCCUGCAACACCAGCCACACAAACUGCAUCAUCUCAGACCUUUUGUGUGGGCAGCUGUACUACAUAAAUGUACUUGCUCUUGAUCAAACCUGUAACAGUUCAGGAAUACUAACAAAUUACUUGAAAACAGAACCAUGCAUCCCUGACCAUGUCCAGGCAGAGUACUCCACAUCAGUAGCCCUGGUGAGCUGGGACCCAAGUGAUGGAGCCGACUCCUACACUGUAACAGCGCAGAGCAGCCAAGGAGAGCUGUCCAGUUGCAACACCACAGGCACUAGCUGCACUGUCACAGAUCUGCACUGCGGCCUGGACUACAACAUCUCUAUCACAUCCUGCAACGACGUCUGCAACAAUACAGCCAUUUCUGCUGUCAUAGAGCUUGAAACUGAGCCCUGUGUUCCACAGUUUGUGACCACCAGCAUUGACUGUGAGACAGGCAUUGUCUCUGUUUCAUGGGAAGAGAGCAGUGGUGCUGAGUCCUAUCUUGUGACAGUAGAUGAAGGGAAUGCACCGAGAAAUGCAUGUCUAACCAUUGAUACGACCUGUGAAAUUAGUGACCUCCUGUGCGGACAUGAGUAUACUGCUAGUGUCACAGCUUUUAAUGAUGAAAGCAAAAGCUUACAUAGCGCCAGUGUCCUUAUGUCAACAGCUCCAUGUAUUCCGGAUUACAUCGAUGCAGUGAUGGACUGUGACAAUAAUACAGCUUGGGUGUCUUGGGAGCUAAGCGAUGGUGUAGAGUCCUACAUUGUACAUGCAGAAGGAACUGACGGACACGUUACCUUGUGCAACACAACAGACACAGCUUGCAACCUCACCGCCUUGCACUGUGGACAGGUUUAUAACCUGAGCCUGGCUGUCCUCAGUGAGCAAUGCCACAUCAUACAUUCAACAGCAGUUUCUAUUACAACUAUGCCCUGUGCCCCUGACCAUGUUAACGCAGAAUUGGAUUGUGACAGUGACUCUGUCCUGGUGUCCUGGAAGCAGAGUGAAGGAAUAGAUGCCUACAUCGCAACAGCUACAACACACACCGGAUACAAUGCAGAGUGCAACUCCACCGGCUUAGCCUGUAACAUCAAUGGCUUACAGUGUGGACAGAGCUACUACAUCAGAGUCACAGCACUCAAUGACGGGUGUAGCAGUGAAACAAGUUCCUCUGUGGAAGUCCAAACAGCUCCAUGUAGACCAGAGAGUUUGGAAGCCCACGUUGCCUGUGACAGCGAGAUUGUGUCAGUGGUCUGGGAGGAAAGCAGCGGUGCUUCGUCCUACAUUGUAACAGCAGUAGGAGGUCUUGGGCACGUAACAGACUUUAACACAAAUGACACGGCCUUCAUAUUCCUUGAUCUGUAUUGUGGACAGACAUACAACAUCACUGUAGUUGCACAAGAUGAGAGGUGUAACAGCUUAGCCAGCACUACUGUUGAAAUCCAAACCGUCCCAUGCAUUCCCCAGGAUGUGGCAGCUAACCCUGGGUGUGAGGUCAGCAGUGGCUUGGUAACCUGGACAGAAAGUGACGGUGCAGUUUCCUACACUGCAGUAGCCCGGGGAAUAGACGGGCACAUUCAUGUGUGUAACACCACGAACACGGCCUGUGACUGGACUGACCUUCACUGCGGGGAGGUGUACACGGUUUAUGUGAUUGCAGAGGACGACAACUGUAACAGCUCUGUGAGCAACACUACGACAAUAUACACAGCACCUUGCAUUCCACAAAACCUUGUUUCCAACAUACACUGUUUCUACAACACAACAUCGGUGACCUGGGAUGGAAGCAAGGGUGCAGAAUUAUACCUCGUCACUGCAGAGGGGAGAGAUGGGCACACUGCACAGUGUAACACCAACGAUACCCACUGUGACUUCGACCAACUUCACUGUGGACAUGUUUAUACCAUCACUGCCUUUGCUCUGAGUAGUGGAUGCAGGAGUCCAAUGAGCACGCCAAUUGAAAUCAAAACAGGUCCAUGCAUUCCUGGUGCUGUUACCGCACUUCCGCGCUGCUUGCCAGACAGUGUAGAGGUUUUCUGGAGAGCAAGCGAUGGGGCACAGCUUUACACUGCCACGGCUGAAACAGCAGAUGGUGUGAGGCAGUCCUGUAGUUCUGCACAAAGCUCAUGUCUCAUUAGUGAUCUGCAGUGUGGGGAGCUCUACUUUGUACAAGUAAUAGCCUCUGACGAUCAGUGCAAUUCUACUGAGAGUUUUUACAUUACACACCAAACAGCUCCGUGCACCCCACAGAAUGUCACAGUUGAGCUGGACUGUGAAGAGAACGGUGCGUUAGUGUCCUGGGACCACAGUGACGGUGCAGUGAGUUACACAGUGAGGGCAGACAGCAGCAGCAGCACCCUGUCCUCCUGCUCUGCCCACGACACACAGUGCUACCUCACUGACCUCACCUGUGGCCUCCAGUACACUGUGCAUGUGGUGGCUAUAAAUGACAGUUGCUCAAGUCAACCAAGUGCACCAACCAACAUUCAAGCAGCUCCGUGCACCCCCCAGAUCACUGGUGCCUGUCUGGAUUGUUUUACCAAUACGGUAUUGAUGCAGUGGACUUACAGUGAAGGAGCAACAAAAUAUAUAGCAACAGCAGAAUCCAAGGACAAGGACACUGCAUUGUGCAAUAGUACCCACACAAGCUGCGAGAUUCUUGAUUUGGAGUGUGGACAGCUCUACAGUGUGACAGUGGUUGCACUCAAUGACCGUUGCAACAGCUCACAAAGCAUCAGCCAGGAUAUUGAGUCAGUGCCUUGUGUCCCUCAGAGUGUAGAUGCCGAGCUAGACUGUACCAGUAACACUGCCUUGGUGUUAUGGGAACCAAGCAGUGGAGCCGAGUCCUACAUUGUAAACGCUGUAAGUACAGAUGGACAUAUUGCAUCCUGCAACACUUCGGGAACCAUCUGCCAAGUCACAGACCUAAUGUGUGGAAAUACAUAUAACAUCAGCGUCACGGCAAUAAACCAGCAAUGCAACGUCUCACACAGCACACAGGCUGAAAUACAGUCAGUGCCUUGUAUUCCACAGUACGUGGGUGCACACGUGGACUGUGAAACUGGCAUUGUGUCCGUGUCCUGGGAAGACAGCCAGGGGGCCGUAUCAUACACUGCGACUGCUCAAGGGAGUGGAGGAUAUUCAUCUUCGUGUAACACCACAGACACGACGUGUGAGCUCUCUGAUCUGCUCUGCGGCCAUGGCUACAGCCUGACGGUCACAGCUGCAGAUGACACCUGCACCAGUAUUGAAAGCAGCUCCCGUUCUUUCAAUACAGUUCCUUGCGUUCCUCAGCACGUCUCAGCUCAGUUGGAGUGUGCCAACAACACUGCCUCAGUGUCCUGGGAGCCAUCAGAAGGAGCCGAUUAUUAUGGUGUAAUGGCGAUUGGCGUUGAUGGCCACAUUACAUUGUGUAACACAAGUCUCACGAGCUGCGAGCUGGAAGAUUUACACUGUGGGCAGAUGUACAAUUUCACUGUGACAGUCCUGGAUGGAGAGUGUGACAGCAUACAGACUUCAUCUGAUCUCCAAGCCGCCCCAUGUCCACCAAAGAAUGUUAGAACGUCUCUGCAGUGUGACUCUAACACUGUUUCAGUGUCCUGGGAGCAAAGUGCCGGAGCAGUCUCAUACUCAGUAAUAGGACAAGCCAGCGAUGGUCACAUAGCGUCCUGUAAUAGCACUGAAACAUUCUGUGAUCUUGCGGAGCUCCACUGUGGGCAGACGUACAGCGUGUCUGUCAUUGCACUGGAUGAUACCUGCAACAGCAUUCAGAGCAUGAGUGCCGAAUUCAAAACAGGCCCCUGCCCCCCUCAGCAUUUGGGUAUAAACAUGCACUGUGAUUCAGGGAUAAUGUCUGUCAGCUGGGAUGCUGUCCCAAGUGCCAACUCGUAUACAGCACAGGCGGCUGCCAGUGAUGGCAAUGUUGUUUCCUGUGACACGGGCGAUACAAACUGUUUCAUGACUGGGCUGCUCUGUGGCAUGACUUACACUGUUACAGUUACAUCCUUCAAUGGAGAAUGUCUCAGUACGCCAAGUGAAGCAUUUGCAAUUUCAUCAGCUCCAUGCACGCCUCAGAAUCUAAAUGGCUAUCUAGACUGCGUGACGAAUGCAGCCUGGGUGGAGUGGGAUCCCAGUAAAGGAGCUGAGAGGUACACUGUGACUGCAGUGAGCCUCACAGGACUUCAAUCUUCCUGCACGACAGCCAACACCACCUGCCACGUCCCUGAUCUGCAGUGCGGGGUCAAAUACAGCCUCACUGUGACCGCAUUUAACAAGGACUGUACCAGCCUGGAGAGCAACACCAUCUACAUCGAAACAGCUCCCUGUACCCUGCAAAAUUUGACUGCAGAGACCCAAUGUAACAGUAACAUAUUGAAGGUGAUGUGGGACCACACUGAGAGCACUCGGGUGUACAUUGCUACUGCAGAAGGCAGUGAUGGGAACAUGCACUCCUGCAACAGCUCAGAGGCGUCCUGUGACCUGACAAAUGUGCAUUGUGGCGUCACAUACACCAUCAUCGUUGCCUCCUCUUCUGACAAGUGCAGCAGUCAGAGAAGCCCACCGUAUAAAAUCCAAACAGCCCCCUGUGCUCCACAAGAGAUCACUGUUUCCCCAGACUGUGAUAGUCACGCUGUCACAGUACACUGGAGCCCCAGCUUCGGCACAGAGUCCUAUCUGUUGACAGCCACAGGGAGCAAUGGGAGCAAAGAAUUGUGCAACUCAUCACACCCAAACUGCACACUUCAAGACCUGCAGUGUGACCAGCUCUACACUGUCUCUGUAACAGCUGGAGAUGAAACCUGUAGGAGUCAUGCAAGCAAAGAGAUUACUUUUAGCACAGUUCCCUGUGUGCCAGAUCAUUUAACUGUACAAAUGCAAUGUGCUACAAAGUCUGCUCUCCUGUCCUGGGAUCAAAGUAACAGAACCCUGGAAUACUUUGCUUCUGCCAUUGCAAGUGAUGGAGAAAAACUAUCUUGCAUUUCCCAAGAACCUGGCUGCACCAUAGACGGGUUGACUUGUGGCACCAUAUACAAUUUCACUGUGACAGCUUCUAAUGGUGUCUGUAACAGCUCGUUCGGUGUGCCGGUCACCGCUGGGGCAGUCCCCUGCCCACCAGAGAGUGUGGCGCUGUCACUGCUGCUCUUGGUGGAUGCGGUUCAGGAGGCAAAGGUGGGGUGGAGUGCAGUCCAGUGUGUCGGGGUUGAGUACUCGGUGGAGAUGCAUGGACUGAUCGAAGAUGACCCCCACGCCCAGUUCCUCCUGACCUCCUACUGGACCACAGCCACAUACUUCUUCAUCCCAGUGCCGUGUAGCUCUACCUACAACGUGACCGUCACCUCCAGGAACUCAGCAGGGAUUGGCUACCCCAGUCCUCCCGUUCAAGGGCUUGCAGUUCCCUGUCCCCCAAGGGGUGUGACAUUUUACACAGAAGGCACUUCGUGGGUCAUUUCAUGGAAUGCAUCAGUUCAUGCCAUGGAAUAUGUAGUGUAUAGCUCCAAAGCACAAAGAACUGAGCUCUGCAGAACAUCACACUUUUCAUGUACUGUACCGAAGAAGCAGAAUGACACAAUUGAGGUUACUGCUGUUAAUUCUGCUGGAGAAAGUGAACCAAGCAUGGAAAUUCUUGUUCAAGACACUCAUUUAAAACGCAAAAGAAGAGAUCUAACUGAGGAUGAAGGUGACCUGUUAGCUCCUGAAGUGCAUGUUGUCAACGUGACUGGUGACACGCUGCAUGUGGAAUGGACACCAGUCGAGGGUGCCACUUAUUAUGUCCUGAUUAUCAAAGUUACUGAAGCCAAAUCAUUCAAACCGCUUGUGCAGUCUGUACAGGGUUCAAGCGCAAAGGUUACUGGUCUUCUGCCUUUGACACAAUAUAGUAUAAGGGUCUCAGCAAAGGACUACAGCAGAAGUAGCCAAUACUCUGAUCCAGUCCUGAUCACCACAGAUUAUACAUCCCCAUUCCCGACUCUUGCACAGUUGUAAUCCAUAUUCUGCUGUGGAUUUAAGAUUGUAACCUGUGAAUUUAUUAAUCAAGUACUGGAAAUAAUUUUCAAAUGGUCAAAUAUUAAAAAAAUAUAUAUAUGUUUAAUCUAUAGUACAUUUAUGUUGAAUUUUUUUUUUUUUUUAGUUUUCAAUGUAGGAAUUUAUUAUACAUUUUUAUACUAUGUUGUUUGUGUUUCCCUACUGCUGUUGGACUGUCUAUGCUUGGUCUAUAAAGUAGGCUAUUUGCUAUAAAUAGAAAGAAUAUUUAAGUAGGUUACCAUUUUAUACUUUUGUGUAUGUAUGCAUAUGAAUAAAAAGGUUGAUUUUAUUACAUUUACUUACAAUACAGAUUUUUGCUGCAGAUUAAGAAAAUGAUUUAAAGUAAUAAAGUACAGCAGUUACACUGUGCCCAAAAUGAUGGUGGUCAGUCUUCCUUUUAUCCAAUUCUUAGAAGUGUGUAUCACCAGUAUUUGCUCCAAAUACAGACUUGUUUUCCAAUUUGAAGAGUAUUAUUGAGACUGAAGGUCAUUGAAGAUAAGCGUGUGAUGAAGAAUACCUCCCUCUGUCCUCUAUAUUUAUUUUGUUUUCCUAGUGCAUUGUAGAGAUUUAGAAUACUGUACACUUCUCACUAACACACCAGCAUUUUGAAUAAUCAGUUGGAAGUGAAUGUGCCAUAUAUUCCAAAUGCAAGCUGCACUUCAUUUAUUUGAGAGCUUGCUUUGUAAGCAAGUAACUAAGUGAUU